AUGGCUGAAACUCUGGACCCGUAUACCACCCAGGCCGAAAACACGACACUCUCACCUCAGGCCAAGAUUGAAGGCCUCCAUACCAUCGUCAAAUCCGCGAGAAUUGGCAUGCUCACCACUCAUUGCUCCGAUGGUCAAUUCCACUCUCGAGCAAUGAUUCCCUCAACUCCCUUCACCGAAAUGCAACUGACUCUCGUCUUCGUUGCAAACAACGCGUCAUCUAAAUUCGACGAAAUCAAGAACGACUCCAAUGUCAAUGUCAGCUUCUGCGACACCAGCACUACAAGCUGGGCCUCAUAUUCGGGUCGUGCGAAGAUCUCCCAGGACAAAGAGCUUAUCGCCAAACACUUCUCGCCUUCCAUGGCAGCCUACUUUGGUGAUUUGAAGGACGGAGUUCACACAGGAAAAGUAGACGACCCGCGGAUUUCAAUUAUCGAAGUCAUUCCCGACGAGAUUCGUUACUGGGUUGCAACUAAAGGGGCCGUCGGGCGUGCUGCAGACACCGCGAUCAGCAUGGUGACUGGGAAAGCUUCUGCGCCGGGCGAAAUCAGGACGAUUAGCAAAGCAGAGAUCCAGUUGACCCAAGAACUGCACAUGUCCAAGUAG